AGGGGAGGUAUUAUGUGCUUUUAGAACUCUUUAAAUUGAUGUAAAGUUUGUCAUUAAGCAGUGCCGCGCUGUCUGCUGUUACUUUUUCCUUGGCUGGUUUAUCUCAUUGCUGUGAUUUCCUUUAAAGUACUCAUAGAGGCUUCAAGCUUCUAGUUUUAAUUCUUGUAGAAGCUUUUACUAUUAAUAAGCCUUCUUUCUACUAUGGCUGAGGAUGGUAGUGUAGCUCCCAUGGAGAGAAAAUGGAAACAUCCAGUUUUUGCUUUCUUUAAAGAUAUUAGGCUAGUCUUCAAGAUGGAUUCACUUGGAAAGGAAAUACUUACUAUUGCUGUACCUGCAGCCAUGGCAUUCGCUGCAGAUCCUGUUGCUUCGUUGAUUGACACCGCGUUCAUUGGUCAUAUAGGUGCGGUGGAAAUUGCCGCUGUAGGAGUAUCCAUUGCUAUUUUCAAUCAAGUUUCAAAGGUAGCCAUUUUCCCACUUGUUAGUAUUACAACUUCAUUUGUUGCGGAGGAAGAAACUAUCGAAAGACUCAACAGUAAAGUACCGAAAGAUGAAUGUAUGGAAAAGGGUUCCAUGAGUAAAGAUGAGACCAAAGAGUUAAUAAAAGAUGAUGAUGAUGGUGUUGUCAAACUUGAAAAUUUAGAAAGUGGUUCGAGAAUAACAAACGAUCAGCAAAAGGAGUUGCCAACAGAAGAUGGUUUCAAAACAAGUCCAUGCAAGCAUGUUACCAUAACUGAAAGCACCCAAAAUAAGUUGAAGUUAAAGAAACAAAAGAGAAACAUCCCAUCAGCAUCAACUGCACUGCUGUUUGGUGCAGUUCUGGGUCUACUUGAAACAUUACUGCUUGUCUUUCUAGCUGAGCCACUUUUGAAGUUGAUGGGAGUAAAAUCUGGUUCUAAAAUGAUAUUACCCGCGCAUAGAUAUUUAACAAUACGUGCACUUGGAGCUCCAGCAGUUCUUCUCUCUUUAUCCAUGCAAGGUGUCUUUCGUGGUUUCAAAGAUACUAAAACUCCUUUAUACGCCACUGUUAUAGGAGAUGUAGCAAACAUAAUCUUGGAUCCCAUUCUUAUCUUUACUUGCAAAUUGGGAGUUACUGGUGCAGCCAUUGCACAUGUUCUAUCUCAGUACUUAAUAUCAAUAAUCUUGCUAGUCAAGUUGAUGCAACAAGUUGACCUACUACCUCCAAGCCUCAAAGCUCUGCAAUUCAGUCGCUUUCUUAGAAAUGGUUCUCUGUUGUUGUUUAAGGUAUUAGCAGCAACUGGUUGUGUAACAUUGGCUGCAUCAUUGGCAACUAGGUUGGGUGCAACAUCUAUGGCGGCAUUCCAAAUUUGCUUACAGGUCUGGCUGACAUCGUCGCUUCUUGCUGACGGAUUGGCAGUUGCUGGACAGGCAAUAAUUGCUACAUCAUUUGCUGAAAAGAACUAUGAGAAGGCAAUCUCAACUGCAUCACGAGUACUACUAAUGGGAUGUGUGAUGGGUGUGGGACUUGGUCUUUUUAUUGGACUCGGGUUGCAGUUUGGUUCAGGCAUGUUCACAAAGGACAUAAAUGUAAAACACAUUAUCACUAUAGGCCUCCCGUUUGUUGCUGGAACACAACCAAUCAAUUCAAUAGCAUUCAUAUUUGAUGGAGUUAACUUUGGGGCAUCUGAUUUUGCUUAUUCUGCAUACUCUAUGAUCCUAGUGGCAAUAGGGAGCAUUGGAUCAUUAUUUGCGCUAUACAAAGCUGCUGGUUUUGUUGGAAUAUGGGUUGCUUUAUCCAUCUUCAUGGGCUUACGUGCGAUUGCAGGCAUAUGGAGGAUCGGAACAGGAACAGGUCCAUGGUCCUUUCUUUCAAAGUAAAAGAUGGUUUGUUGCUCAUAGGAUUUUGAUCAUUUUGAUAAGACACAUGAAGAUCCUUCAUGUGUAGGAUCUUUAUACCAUCUUUGUUUCUUGCUUUAAGAAUGUACUGCAUUGUGUAGGAUUUGUUUCUUGCUUUAAGAAUGUAUUACAUUUUGUAGGAUCUCUAUACCAUAUUUGUUUCUUGCUUUAAAAAUGUAUUGCAUUUUCACAUGUGAUAAAAAAAACAAUAUUAAAUAUACCGAAGAAAC